UGUUCCAGUCAUUGUUUAUCAGCUUUUCACUUCAUUUCUAACGUUUAAGCCAUGAUCAAUCUCUAGAGUGCACGAGCCUAAGGUUUAACGAUUUUAAAUAUUUCCAUUUGAUUAUUUCAAUAUUUGUUGAACCUUAAACAAAUAUCAAAAUAUUAUUGGAUUACAGAAUUCUUGUAUUAAAGGAUAUUAGGAUUUGGCAAGUCACGAUGGAUAACGACAUACUGCAAACCAUUCAACUGAAAAUGAGGGAUGUUCUCGAAACAGAUCCAGAAAUUUUCUGCAGGUUUUUACUGCUUCAGUGCAACGAAGACGAAAUAAUGACAUAUAUUCGAUCCCUUAUAAUGCAAUUUGGUCAUGAUGCUUUGUUUAAAAGUAUAGUAAUGCGUCUAAUGGAAGAUGAUAAGAAAUCAGAAAAUGAUGCGAAGUUAAGGGAAAUAGUGGAAUACAUAUGGAACAAUUUCAUGAUGGAUGACACAGAAGUUGAGAAAAAUAGUGUUCAGGAAUGGGCUCUUGCAAUACCUGGCAACAGUAUUUUAUCUAGUAUGCAAUUUAGCUUUGUAAACACGGUCAAACGUCUUUCCACGGCACAGUUUAGCAGCUUACAAGUAUAUCUACAAUCAUUUCAAGGAACAGGUAGACUGCAAAACGCUGUUCAAAUAGCGAGAAAAUGCAAAUCCGUUGUGAAAGUUGACUUGGUUGUUUGUUCUCUUGCUUUUGAUGUCAUACAAAAUAUAAAGCGUUGGUGGAAAGGUGAAAUUUCAGAAACUAGAUGCGUUAAAAACAUACUGGACUGUGGCUUAUCAGUUGCAGCUGGAAUUGUUGGUGGCAUAGGAGGGGAAGUGGUUGGUAUGGGAUUUGGCAGCAUGAUCGCUGGUCCUGUCGGUGGAGUUAUUGGGGCUAUAGCAGGGGCUGUCGUAGGUAGUGCCUGUGCUUUAACUGGAGCUCAAGUGUUGGCCGAUCGUUUAACCCAAUGGAUCUUCGGUCUUCCGAAAUCUGAGGCUCUGGCAAACGCGUACCUUUUUCUCAGAUUGCCUCCAUCAAGCUCUAACAGUGAAAUAAACACGCAAUAUCGAAAGCUUGCUUUGCAGUAUCAUCCUGACAAAGGUGGCGACAAGGACAAAUGGACACAACUUCAGUACUCAUUGGCUGUGAUACGUGAAGCUAGGAGAGAACAAUAGAACUAAAAUAUUAAUUAAAAUCUAAUUGGUUUAUGAUGUUAAACUCUACAGCAACAUGAACAACAACAACAAAGAUUGGUAAUCAACAACCGUACACAUAGAAAUGACAAGUGAGUCAUAUGCUUAAAUAGAAAGAGUGGUUACUUUUAAUUCCUAAUAAAUCAAUAUAUUUCUCUUCUCGAAAUUACUUUUGUUGUGGUUGUUUGGGGAAUAAACAACAUGUUGAUAUUGUAACUUUUACUAUGGUUAAUUUCCUAAUUAAUCAAUAUAUUUCUGCUACUCGAAAUUACUUUUGUUGUGGUUGUCUUGGUAAUUUACAAUAUGUUGAUAUUGCUACAUGUGCUUUCUUACGAUCUGUUGAUAUUUUGUAUCUUUUUAUCUUUUUUGAAUGUUCUUUGUUGUUUGUUACAUGACUAGUUUUGUUAUUUGCGAUAAAUAUUAGGUUAAAACAAGAACACGUAUUGAUAAUGGAUUACUUGUGUACAAGAGGAAACAUUUUGACGUCAGUAUUGAAUUCAUUUCAAUACGCAUUACCAUGGGUGUGACGUCAUUUAUCAACGUCGCUUGUGCAAUUGGCUAGAUGUGAUUUCUACGCUUCCUUUUAAAACAAAUCAACAUAUGAUGUUUGGAAAAUAAUCAAGAGGUUUCUUUCAAUGAUAAGAUAUGAAAAGUUCAUUUUCUAGCGUUACAGGGCUGCCUCAAAAUAACGCUCUAGUUUGAACCUUUGAUUAUACUUAUUUUUUUAAAAAGCUUCUGCUCAAAUUUCAUGCUAAAUUAUAUCAAGCAUAUUACGUUUAAUUGUAAUUGCAUGUGAUUUUAAAGAGUGAAGAACGGGUUUCGUCAAGCGAUUUUGUUUAUGUGCGUGGUGUGUUAGUAAGUGCGUCCGGACUUAACCUUGUCCGGGCUGUACCUUGGCAAUGCAUUAUAUGAUUUUCAAAGAAGUCGCGUUUCGUGCAUAAGUCCAAUGUCGUACCUUAAAAGUCAUGGAGGUACUUUGUCCGGUCUGUAUCUUGAGCAUGUCUUGUUACUCUUAGAGGUCAAAGGUUAGAAUAUGUUUCAGAAUAUGUUUCGACGGGCUAGUUUACAAAAGCGUUUAUAGCUGCUGUAUUGAAAAUAUUAUUAUUUUCCGCUUGAAUUUACAAAAUUGUUAAUUGAGAAACUCGAGUAAGUAAAAUAAUCGAAUAUAAAAAAAUGUUGAAAAAAUUGUUAUCAGCAUGACAUAUUUGAGUGAGUCCCUUUAAAGCUGCACUCUCACAGAUUUACCGUUUUUCCAACCUUUUUAUUGUUUGUCUUGGAAUUAGCAAUUUUUUGCGUAAAUAUCUGCAAACUAGUGAUAAAAGACUGAUGACAAAAGAUCAGAUCGAAGAUUUUCAUAUUUCCGCUCCAAAAUUGAUGUUUUAUGCAUUUUUCUUAAACCGUAAGUAGCGGUUUCAGCCAUAAACUAUUAAAUUUGGAAUUUAAAUAUGAAAAGGCGUAAUUAUAUUUGGAAAUUUCAAAUCGUGUCCGUAAAAUCAUACCAUGAUCAAGUAUAGAAACAUAUUCGGUAACUUGUCGAUUUUUGGAAAAAGGCAGAACAAUGUUUCCAAUAUCACUAACAAGUAGUUUCGGUAACCAGGCAAACUUUCAUGGUGUAUUCGUUGUCCAUGUGUGUUUCUGUACGUCUUGAAUACGUAAAAGGGGUAUAACAAAAUGUUGAAAGUUCAUUAUUAAUUUUUCUAUUCAACAAUAGUUAUAUGUUGACUCGGUUCUGACGGCCUGACGGAACAGAAACUUUAGUUUUUAUAUCAAUUUUCAAAAUAUAAAUCACGCCUUAAAGAAACAAUUGUAUUCAAAAUUAAAGGUUACCAGAAAAAAUUAGAAAUUUAACCAUUUUAUAUAAUUGUUCAUUAUAACGAAUAAAUGUUCAUCUUUCAACGUUUAUAAAUGAACGAUAAAAAAGUGCAACGCUGUCGUUUUUAUGUAUUACUCUCGGUUUCACUUUUGAACCAAUUAUGCAUUCAACUGUCAAUCCAAACAGUACAUAUACAUGUUUUUAAGGUCUUGGGUGCUGGCAAUGUGAACAAAUUAUCACAACUUUUUAACCAUCGUAUCGUUGUAUUUUUAACAUUCAAUCAUCAAAUGUACACUAUACCCAAUUAGCACCAUGCGUAAUGCUUAUUUUAUAAUGCUAUUUUUUUUAGAUAUGCUGCUCGUUACUAUUGCAUAUAUUUUUACUGAUAUGUCCUGAUGUUGAAAUUUCCACAUGUUUACGAAAUGUGAAUAUGUUUUUUAAUCAUUAUUUGGGUGUGUAUUUUUCUUUUUGAGUUUUGUUGUUUGCAAUAUAUCUUUGGGUUAAAACAAGAACUCUUUUUGAUAAAGGUUAACAUUUCUAUCCUGCAGAAAAUAAUAAUUUGACACCAAUUAUCAACAUGGCUUGUUCUAUUUUCUGAUGAUUGGCAAACAGUUUUUUUUCUACGUUGUUUUUAUCUAACAAAUGAAGUUAAGAGUUACUCAUUCACGUAUUAUACGGUCAAGCAUAAAACAACCAUUUCGUGCGAAAUUUUCACAAUGAUGAAACAUUGUUAAGGUUCAAGUAUCUGAAGUAAGUCAAAUAGUUGAACUUGAUUUUUAGCUCGAUUAUUCGACGAAUAAGGAGAGCUAUACUACUCACCCUAGCGUCGGCGUCCGCGUCAGUGUCGGCGUCACACCUUGGUUAAGGUUUUGAAUGUAAGCACCUUUAAGUCAUUAUCUCGGUAAAUACAUCAUUUAUUGCAUUGAAAAUUUAGAUAUGUAUUCCCAACUAUCUAACCUACUAAAUAAAUGAAGUUAGAUAACACUUUUCUGAAUAUAAAGCAAUUUAUGGGCCUCUAUUGUUUGACUUAGAAGUUCUGGUUAAGCCUAGGUUUUGCAUGUAAGCACACAUAGGUUAAUAUCUCAGCAAUAUCCAGUAGGAAAUGUCAAAAAUUGCAUGAUUUUAUUAUUGUUUUGUUCAACAUCAAUUUUAGUUUAUAUUUUUCUGUGCAUAACCACCAAUUCACUGUAUAUCCCAUCAACUGAAAGGAACUUUAAACAAUGUUCCGCUGUAAUUGAGGAAAAUAUGGUUACUCUUGCAAUAAUGUAUACAACCUAUAAUCCUUUAAAUAAUGUAUUGCAUGUUAUUUCCAUCAAGUCUGUAUUUCCUUUGAGGCUGAAUGUUGCCUUCCGACGUAGUAUAUAUGACGUAAUUUAUCACGUGGUAUACACACACUGUUUUAUACGUCCCUUGUUUAAAAGUAAUCAAAUGGACUUAUGGCAGGCUCAAUUUUGAUACAGCCCAUUUCUUAAGUAAAACAUAGAUUUAUGCAAUUAACCUCUUUCCCACAACAAAAGUAGAUAACUGAAAUAAAACCAUGAAGAUCCCACAGUUUGUUGACUUCUUCUUGAUUUAAAAUUUGAUGUUUCCGAUAAUUUGUGCAAGCAAAAUAGUCAAAGAGCUGCCUCUGUAUGCUCCUGAAGAGUUGUUCGAAAUAGUCAGCAAACAUGAUUUGCUGGUAUGUGACAAUUGCUCCUGAAGUGCUUAUUAUAA